AUGCAACUAAUACAAGAACAAUCCCCCGUGAUAACUGUAAAGGAUAUGAAGAUGCGAGAUGUAUCAUCACACAACUUCGAUGUGAAGGAGAAACGAUCAUCAGACGCAUCUCUGUUUAUGAUGAACCCGGUAGCGAGUGGUGAUAAUGUUGCAAUGGAAUUAAAUGCCAAUCAAAAGCAUAAAGAAGAUUUGCCAUCUUUGCCACCACUUGUUCCUUGCUGUGAGGGAAAAGAAUUACAGAUUAAAGAAGAUUUGCUACAUAGCGGCCUGUCAGCGAUAUCUGUGAAACAUGACAGCGUAACCCAUUGCUUGAGCAUGUCAUGCGCCUGCGAAAGGAUGCAAGUGCCUCCUGGACUUAUUAAGCACCGAAAUUCGUUCCGAUCUCUCCAUCGUCCAGACUUGAAGAGAGUGCCAUAUUUGCGGCGCUUGACGCCUGAUGAGCUCGAGGCGUUGUUUCGCGGUUAUUCUGCCACCUCCGCAAAACCAAAAAAGAAUGGAAAUUCAAAAGAAGGCCAGGAAUUGAAACUCGCUCACGAUAAAGUUCCAAUAAAUUUGGAUGACGGUAACGGAGUCCUAUUACAUCCUAUCCCAGAAACUAGGUCUGGCGCAGAGGAUGUGCCAGCCGGUAUGAGAUUACAUGGAGCCCGAGCGAGACUCUACACUUCAGUUUUGGCCGGAGUGAAGACUGGAGAUCAAUUGGAUAAUGCGUCUGCAAACGAAACCUUCGAAACCCAUAUCACGGAUAUUCUGCCUGAUGAAGAAGUCCAGCUUCACGAAGAAGUACAGAUCAUUCUCCCGCCGCGAUGCGACGAUAUUACCGCAGAAUCAUCUACAACUAACCCA